AUGGAGCUCCUAGAACGAGAGGGCUUUCCUGCCCUGUUCGCCACUGUCCCUUUGGUGCCUAGCACCACGCGUAGUGGGGAGGAAGCCAAGCUCAAGUCUUUCUCAGCCAAGAUCGUACAGCUAUUUAAGGAGUGGACAGAGGCCUUCCCCUAUGACUUCCAGGAUGAGAAGGCGAUGGCCGAACUGAAGGCCAUCACUCACCGGGUCACACGGUCUGAGGAGGAGAAUGGCACAGUGAAGAAGGCCAUUGCCCAAAUGACACAGAGCCUGCUGCUGUCUCUGGCUGCCUGAAGCCAGCUACAGGAGCUUCGGGAGAAGCUCUGCUCACCAGCCAUGGACAAAGGGUCUGUCCUCAAGGCUAAGUCCCCAGCCACUCAGAAGGACAUCCUGGGCGUGUGCUGCGACCCACUGGUGCUGGCCCAGCAGCUGACUCAUCUAGAGCUGGAGAGGGCCAGCAGCAUUCACCCUGAGGACCUGAUGCAGAUGGUCAGCCACAUGGACUCCCGGGACAAGCACAGGUGCCGAGGGGACCUGACCAAGACCUAUAGCCUGGAGGCCUAUGACAACUGGUCCAACUGCCUUAGCAUGCUAGUGGCCACCGAGGUGUGCCGGAUGGUGAAGAAGAAGCACCAGACCCGCAUGCUCGAGUUCUUUAUUGAUGUGGCCCAGGGGUGCUUCAACAUCGGGAAUUUCAUCUCCAUGAUGGCCAUCAUCGGUGGCAUGAACCUCAGUCCUGUGGCGAGGCUGAAGAAAACGUGGUCCAAAGUCAAGAUGGCCAAAUUUGAGGUCUUGGAGCACAAGGUGGAUCCGCUGCAGCGACUCCCUGCAGCCGCCCCGGGAGCCGACCGCCGGGGGAGCGGGAAAGUUUGUCCCGCAGCCCAGGGGCAGCGGAGGUGCCCUCGGGUGCUCCCCCGCCCCCGCCGGCCGCAGCCCGAGCGCCCGGAACCGCGGCCCGGGCCCAGGCAGCGGCUCUGGCCGCCCAGGAGCGCCAGCGCCCCAGGGCUGCGGGGCGAGCAUCGCAGGCCCGCACGAGUCUCGCCUCCUCCCCCGCCGCCCAGCGCCCGAGCGGCAGCCCAGGCCCCGCCCCCUCGCCUGGCCCACCCCAAGCCGAUGUUUCAGACUUUCUGUUUCCCUCCCCGAACCUCUGACAUCACCAGGCUCCAGCCAGGAGGCCUCUGCUACAGAGAGAUCAUCACGGAGGCCAUCGCCUCGGUGCCCCGCCAGUGA